AUGUCAGACUUGAUAGUAUUACAAAGGGACUAUAUAAUUUCCUGUUUAAACAGCAUUAGAACUGAUAAUGGGAUAAAGUUCCUGGUGAUAGAUAGUUUAGUUGACGAACUGUUUAAUUAUCUAUUUGUGGAACGAAAUGAACUUUUGUCUCAUGUGACUGCUGUGGAUUUGAUUGAUUCUAGAUCAAGGGUUGGGAAACCUUCGGUGGAUGUUAUAUAUAUGAUCAGCGCCACCAAGUUUAAUAUCAGCAGCAUUGAAGCGGAUUUCUCCACUAGUCCUACGAGGUACCGGCGGCAUCAUAUUCGGUUUAUGCCAGGGUUUACGCCUGAAUUGGCCUAUUAUUUGAAAUCGAAGCGUUACGUAUCACAAUAUAUGGCAUCGCUGUCUGAAAUCAAGUGUUCAUUUAUACCAAAAGCACAUAAUUUCUUUGAGACUAUGGGUAUAGAUCAAUCUACUCAAAUUUUUUUCAACCCUCAGUGCAAAGAUCUCAUAGAGCAAGCUAUACAAAAAACUGUUCAAAGUUUGUUAAAUAUUUGUAUCGUUACGGGAGAAUAUCCGAUUGUCAGGUAUUCAGAGCCUAAUCGGGAUGUAUUGGAGGUUUGUAGGGCUACUGUACUUGCUAAACGCCUAGCGUUUGAAUUUCAAAGUGCUUUGGAUGAUUACGCUAGACAAAAUGAGGACUUUCCCCCUUCUAAUCCUAGGCCUCGUUCAGUAUUGAUUAUCACUGACCGCUGCUUGGAUUUAAUGAGCCCACUGGUCCACGAUUUUUCCUACCAGUGUAUGGCAUAUGAUUUGGUUAAUGAUCUAGAUUUGCGAACUGCGGUUUACCGUUACGAAGCAGAGAAUGAACGAGGUGAAAUGGAGAAGAAAAGUUCAAAACUAUUGGAUCUGGUUGACCCUGAUUGGGUUGAAUUAAAGCAUCAGCAUAUUGCAGAUGCAAGUGAAGCACUCAACGAGAAAAUCAAUGACAUGAUAUCCAAGAACCCACUUUUAGUUGACAGAAGCAAAGUUAAAACGACUACAGAUUUAUUAAGUGUCGUGGCUCAUUUGAAAGACUUUGACGAAGUAAGAAGGAGAAUUACCUUACAUAAAAAGUUAAUUGAUCAGUGCUUGGAGUUGUCGAAACAACGAGGUUUGGUUGAAUUAUCAUACAUGGAGCAAUCUCUUUGUGGAUAUGGUAUUGAUUUUGAGGGUAAUAAGGUGAAGCAAUUAGCUGAAGAAUUAGUUACAAUGCUCGCUGAAGAUGCUCCUUCUAUUACAGAUAAAAUACGUUAUAUGAUAGAAUAUGCGAUGCUUAAAGGUGGUUUAAUUGAAAGUGAUUUUGCUAAACUCCUCGCUUUCAUUGGGAUUGAAAAGGACCACGGUUAUUUUCAACAUUUUAUGAUACUCUUCAAGAAUUUUCGGUACUUGGGUUUCAAGCUUGUUAAGGCUGACGUCAAAGCUGCGCCAUUUGAGAAAGAGUGGAUGCAUGAUACUGUUACCAAUGACCCAAAUAUUUAUCAAACCUCGAGAUUUGUACCUGCACUCGCAAAUAUUUUAUCGAGUACCAUUACCAAUCCUUUACUUGUUAGCGAGGCCUCUUUUCCUUAUGUUAAAGACAAACCCAUAGAGUUAUUAGAUCCAGAAUCAGGUACUUCAUUAGCUGCGUCAAGCUACACAAGCUCUCUUAGGAAUCCAAGGCACAAGGCAUCAUGGGCUAAGACUAACAGUCAAUCGAAGUUACCCAAGCAGAGGUUUUUUUACUACAUAAUUGGAGGCAUAACAAACAUCGAAUUAAAAGCCGCCUAUUCCCAGGCUCAAUUGAAAAAUAAAGAUAUAUUCAUAGGUAGUGAUGCAGUAUUGACCCCUCUAAAGUUUAUGCAAACAGUGGAAAAGUUGUCUGAGAGCAGGGCUAGAUUAAAACUUCAGUAUGAUGAGCCGGUCCCGAGUGCGAUACCUGAAAAUUUAGCUCAUCAGAGGCCCCUUGUCCCGGAACAAACAGAAGAGCGGCCAAAUACCCAACCAAAUGUACAUCGUGUAAACCCAAAGUCUACUGGUGAGGAGAUGGGUCACACGUCAAUUACACCGACCCAAACCGUUAGUAAUGAAACUCCAUUAGAACACGUAAACGAAAAGGAGAAAAGACGCCAUAAGUUUAAGAAAUUCUUGAGAAAAUGA